AUGACCAUUCCUGCACCCAAGAGUGCCCCUUCACGCCCCCACAAGCUUUCGCCUGCCGAGUGCAAAGCAUGGAUCCAGGCAGUUGCUGGAGACUGGCAGGCUCUUGGAAAAGCGCCCCUGGCAGUGCGAAUGGAUCCUCGGCUGGGUGUCGCGGCAGUGAAGCAGGACUGGCGAGCAAUCCAGUUCGCGGGCGAAAAUUUACGAGCAGACAAAAGCUUCAUGUUGCAGGCCUUGCAAUAUUCCGGCUUCGCGUUGCAGUUCGCCUCCCAAGCUCUGCGGUGCGAUCGUGAGGUCGUACUGGAGGCAGUUCGCAAGGACGGAUGCUCGAUCCGGCAUGCCUUCUACCAAGCCUUCAGAGAGGACUUCGAAAUCGUCAAAGAGGCGGUUGCCAACGACUGGCGGGCACUGCAGUUCGCGUCCACCGAGAUGAAGAAAAACAAAGAGAUAGCACUCGUGGCCAUUGAGCAGAGCUGGGAAGCGGUGCGAUUCAUCGACGAGGAGCUACAGGGGGAUUAUGCCAUCAUGGAUGCUGCAGUUUCGCAGCAUGGAGAGGCGCUGCGGUUUGCCAGCGAAACACUGCGUGCGAACGCGGUGCUGGAAGUGAACUUAGCGUCGGCAGCCUGUGGCUUUAGUUCUUUGCUUGGUCAUUACCCGGAGUCACGCGAGGUUGCUGAGAACCGAAGGGCUGACCUGGGCGCCGCGGCCUGUUCGCAACCCGUAUUCGGUAUUAUGCUUCGCCUGGCAGCCUGCAAAUGCAUGCAGCUGGCGGCAUUCUUGUUUGUCAGGCGUUUGCUCCGCUUACUCCUUGCCAUGCGGUUUGAGGUUGUGAUCUGCUGCAGGCAUGGAGCCCAGCCAAGAGGAGUGAUCGUCAUGCUCGGGCUGACUGCUUCGGCCCUGCUUGGCCUUGCUGAGGACGUUCGCUUUGUGCCUAAGCACGCGCUGCGGAUUCUCGCAGGGCAUAGUGUGCCAAGGCUGUGGGCUCCGGAGGUUGAAGGCCGCCGGUUGCGGGCGCAUGCAGCCUCGGAGGAGGUGCGAUGUGCUGUUCGAGGGAUUCGGGAGCGAAAUGAGCCAGGUGCAAGUGGACGAGAGAUCUUGGAAUCUUGUGAAUUCUUCCUGGGGCCGCUUUGUCGUGUUCAGGACCCAGUUUGGGGCUGCGGGCUUUUGGGGAAGAUCCCCGGCAUCUCUGAGAGCGGAGCCUCGGAAGACACGCAAAAGUUCAUCGACGCACUGAAGGAAAGCAGCUCCUUUAACAAGGCCCGGGGGAGAGGAAAGAAAACGAAGUCUGAACUUCUCUCGUAUCACCACUGGCUCCUCUAUUACCGGGAGCAUCGGCGAAUACGAUACCAGUCGACGGUGAUGUUCUGGAACUGGAACCUGGCUCCUGAGGAACCCCUCACCGAAGACUUCAUUUUCAUGCCGGAAGUUUGGGGGUCCGGUGUGGUGAACGAGGAGUGGGUGCGCCAAGCCGACACGACGCAUUUCCUGGACAGCCACGGCAAGCAAUCUCCGGCCACGAUGGCGAACCUCAUGAUGGGCAUGAACGAGCCCGAUAUUCAGGGAAGCUGCAUGGGCAACAUGUUUGGCAGGUGCGUCAAGCCAUGCGAUGAUGCCGCUGUGCACGGCAAUGAUUGCCCAAAGGCCGAGCUGGAUGUCAAUCUCCCUCCUGCGAGUGCUAAUUCUCGAGGUAUGUGCAACUGCUGGGAGAGCGCCUACGCCACAGGGGUGGGCUUCUGGCCCGUGGGCGGCUGUUCGGCGUUGCAGCCCCUGCCGGAGCUCUGGGAACAAGAGCCGGGAUGCAUCAACACCGUCAUGACAAACUGGAAGAAAACGGCUGCGAUCGCCGUCAACAAGGGCUACAAGUACCUGUCCACCCCUCUGUUGGCGGUAUACGUAAGCUAUGCACAAAAGUUCAUCGAAUAUGCCUGCGACUGCCAUGAUGGUGUUUGCGGCUGCACAGAUGCGAGCUGUGGCUGUCCGGUAUAUGUCGGGCUUCAUUUCUAUGCCUUCGACUGCCGACCGGUGUCCACAUCUGCCUAUUACAACUUCCAGGCACGGGUGCAAGACAUCGCGGACUUGAUGGAGAAGUAUCCCUUCAUCAAAGGCGCCAUCGUCAACGAGGUAGGAAUGCUAAACUGCGCCGGUCCGACGGAAGAUGAUCCAAUUUGCGUCCCCGACUCGGGCCAGUUCCCUGCAAAGGACGAUCCGAACUUCAGUUGCCCUCAGAAUGAAGAGCUGCCCAACGGCCUGGCCUCAUUUGUGACCAGAAUACUGGAGAUAGCCCUUAGCGUCAAAACGAGCGACGGCCGACCUGUGGUGAAGAGCUUCGCUUGGUUUAACCAAGAUCGAGAGGGAGGCACGUACAAUUUGCGCUUGUUCGACGACGAAGGCAAAGUCAAUGCAGCGGGCGAAGCGUACAUGGAGGUCUGCAAAAAGUGGAAGCAGCUGGCAAACUAA